CGGGCGAUUGGCUGGGGGUAGCCAGAGCCGCGCGAUGAUUGGAGGGGCGAAGCCUGGCGGAAGCGGGGCAGGCUGAGGGGCUCCUUGGACCAUGGCGGCCCCCCCGCCGCUACGGGACCGCUUGAGCUUCCUGCACAGGCGACAGGCAAGCCGGUGGCAUAGGCAGACGGGACCGUGCUGGCUCACGACCGUGUGAAAUUUAAGUUAGCGGUUCUUGAGCCAUGAAACCCACCAAGCUGAGCAGUUGUGGCUCUUUGGGGUCCGGCACCGCGCCCAUCCAAUACACGGAAUACCCUGAGGUUCUUGCCAUUGGCUGCUUGAUAACUUCCCAUUCUCUUGAAGGGGACCUCAGACGAUGACACCCCGUGUCCAGGCUACCUGUUUGAAGAGAUUGCCAACUCUCAGAAAUUUCCCACGAGUCACUGGGCAGCAGCCAGUGCCUGCUGGAGUACCUGCUGAACCGUCUGGACAGCAGCUCUGGUCACGUGAAACUCAAGGUGCUGAAGAUCUUGCUUUACCUGUGUGGUCAUGGCUCUUCCUCCUUCCUGCUCACCCUCAGACGAAACUCUGCCCUCAUCCAGGAAGCCACAGCUUUCGCAGGCCCCCCGGACCCUCUUCAUGGGAACAGCUUGUACCAGAAGGUGCGGGCAGCUGCCCAGGUAUGGGCGCCCAGGCCAGACCUCACAGUGCUCUCCAGGGCUUCGGCUACUCUAAGGAGUGGGGCCGGACAGGCUCUGCAGGCGAAGCCUUCCUCUCUACGAUCCAGAAGGCUGCAGAGGUGGUGGCUAAUGCUGUACGUCCUGGACCUGAGAAUCCCAGUACCCAGGGACUCUUGCCACACCGUGAUGCCUAUCAGCCUGCGGUGACACCUUCAGCUAUCCACACACACCCCAACCCUGGGAAUCUAAUCCUUGGAGCCAGAGCUGUGAGACACCAGCCUGGGCAGGCAGGAGGAGGCUGGGAUGAGCUGGACAGUGGUCCUAGUUCCCAGAAUUCCUCCUGCACCAGCAACCUGAGCAGGGCCUCCGACUCAGGCAGUCGGUCUGGCAGCGACAGCCAAUCUGGGGCCAGCCAUGAGACAGGCGACCUGACAGAAAGGGCUGAGGGCAUGGCCCCAAAUGACUGCCAGCAAGAGCUGAGCCUAGUAAGAACCAUAACACAGGGGUCACGUGUCUUCCUGAGCCGCGAGGAGACCCAGCACUUCAUCAAAGAGUGUGGGCUGCUCAACUGUGAGGCUGUGCUGGAGCUGCUCCUCCACCAGCUGGUCGGGACCAGUGAGGGAGAGCAGAUGAGGGCGCUGUGUGCCAUUGCCUCCUUUGGAGCUGCCGACCUUCUGCCUCAGGAGCAUGUCCUCCACCUCUGCCGGCCACAGCUGCAGGAACUUGGUGCAGGCAACCCUGGACCUGUGACCAACAAAGCUACCAAGAUCCUAAGACACUUUGAAGCCUCCUGUGGACAGCAGAUCCCUGCCCUAAGGCCCAGUGCCUUGCCCAGCUCUGCAGCUGCCCUUGUGGGUCCAGCCGAUCUGCUGACCAGCCCUGUGCCACCCCCUGGGAGCCAGGUCUUCCUCCAGCCUCUUAGCUCCACCACCGUGGUGCCCAGGGACCCUGUGCCUGCUCCAUUGCCAGAUACUGUUCCUCCUACUCUGGAGGAUGCCAGUGAGGUCAAAACCCACCUGGUAUGUUCUAGUGAACAGGGGACAGGCUUUGAGCAGAGCCCGGAGAACACAGACACCCCCGAGGACAGCUCCAGACCAUGCCUGUGGAGCUCCAACUCUUUGUUUGAGGGAAUGGAGCUGGUGGCUUGCCCCAGCCUGCCCUGCCCCAGCUCCCAGGAUCUCCAGCCAGGUUCACAGAAGGUGACCACAAAACCUUCUGUUUCAGAGCCAUCAGCUUUUGCAUUUUUAAACAUGUGACUCUCUGGGCCCAGCUGUUCAGAGUCCCCUGGUCCUCAUAUUGAGGCCCUCAGGUACUCAUGGCCUCAUGUCCACCAAGGAGUGGUCCUUAUGUGUCCUCUGGCCCCUCUCUUUCACCCAAGAAGCUGUGGUGAGGCAGUCUCUGAGCCAGCGGAGCCCUGUGUGGGCCUCCAGUGGUCAGACGAGUCACAGAAGAUGGCAUUGGGCCCUCAGUGGUGAGCAGCCAAGGUGGGAGUGUGUAAAGGAGGGUCAGCGGUGCCUCAGAAGGUGUCUGCACACCCAUUGCUUCUUGGGAAGUUGACUCUCUGGCCCUGCCCCUGAGAUUGGUUCCUUCUUCCUCCUGGCAAGACCCACACAAACCUUUUUGGAGGUCUGUCUGCCCAUGGCUUGGGGCCACCUCAGAGGCUUCCUGCUUCAUGUAGUACAGACAGGGCAGUGCUUCCCCAGGGCUGUUGGCCACGGCUCCUCCACCCCAUGCUGCUCUGACUCUAGGACGCUGAACACAGAGGCCAUACUCUCUCUCUCUCUCUCUCUCUCUCUCUCUCUCUCUCUCUCUCUCUCUCCACAACCAA